UGUGGAAUGGGCGCAAAAUCCUCUGUCUGUGUGUUUACCUCACGCUGCUGCAGAGAGAGGCUGCUGGAGGAAAGUUCCUCUUUCAGACAAUGUCGUGUCUUCCACAAAACAACCUGAAGGAGCAGCUGGCGAGACACAGCAAUGCUGCCCAGAGCAAGCUGUCUCUGUCCAAACCCAAACCGGGGGCCUUUUCUUUCAAAAAGAAGUCCUUGUCAGGUUCAACCAAGGUGGAAGUCCCAAACAAGGUAAUCAGCUCUAAUGUUUUGGCGCACAGGAAUGUCAAUGUCCCUAAGAACAAUUUGGUUACUAAAUCUCCUUUGACAUUUCCAAACAAGCUUCAGAAACCUCAAAAAUCCCAAAUCAACAACUUCCCUGUAAAUUCAAAAGACAAGUCGGACUCCAUCAGCCCAGCAGGUAACUGUGCUCCUGCAGGCCAGAUUCAUUCAUCAGUAUCUGCUACCAAGGUGACGACGGCUCCAGCUAAACCUGACAACAAGUUUACCAGUGGCAAUGGAGACGAUUCCACAAGUCUUGAUGCAUCUCUUGGAUUCCCGAUGGAUGACUGGGAUGAUUUUGAUGACUUUGAAACUCCUGUCAAAAAUGACUCAUUUAGUUCAGAGAAAUCUGGGAAGAGCAAAAAUCCAGUGUCAUCUUUCAGUGAGGAAAAAACACAAUCCUCUCGUAUGAUGUCACAGUCUAGCAACAGUUUUGAAAACAGGAAUGGUCUUUCCAGAAGUGAACAGUCUCGUAUGGAAACAGAUGAACCGGAGCACAGUGUCUACAAAGUUGCGGAUUCACCAGGACCUAGUUUGAAUAAGGAAUCAGCAGAGUUUGAAUUUGAGGUUUCUCCACUACAACCGACCAGAAAACCUCGUCCUGGUCAUCUGAAGUCUGUCAUCAGUGACAGUGAAGAGGACAACGAUGAUGUGCUUGAGCCUUUCAAAGGAAAGACGGAUGAUAUGAAAAAAUGGAUUGACCCAAAGGUAAUACAGCUUGAUGACAACUCAGAGCCUGAAGAUGAUCUUGAUUACAUUCCCCCUUCUCCAAUCCCCGAUGAGAUAUCUUAUACUACUUCUGCAUUGGAGACCAGAUCUGCUGCAGCUGAUGCUAAAAGCAGAGACAGUCCUGUGCAAUCAAAGGGACCCAUCACCACACUACACGAAACUUCGGAUCACCACUCAAAAGACAGAACAAAUGAGCAACUCCUCAGUCUUAUGCAGUCCAUUUGUUCUCUGGUUGAUUCCAUCCCUGAACAUGAACUUAUAGCUCUGUCCUGUGGAAGUGAGCUUUUGCUGAAGAGGGCUCAAAGGAAGAGGAUUCUUGCAACUGGUGGUUGCAAUUCAUUGAGAAUGCAGCAGCCAGACAGCACUAUGAUUUCUGAGUCCAGCUUAAAAGGAAAAUCUUCUUUUAGCUAUGACACUUCAAGCGUUAUGUCAUCCAGCAGCUCUGUGCCUCUGGACUACAAGAAGCCUCCUCCGAUCAGGAGAUCUUCUGUCCUCUCUGUGGACUAUGACUCUGAUCACUCCGACAGUAUUAUUAACAUGAAGCCCUCAAAUCUGAGUAUCUGUGACUCUCCAUCAAUCCACAGUCUUACAGAUCCACCUUUUAAUUUCUCUAAGAAAACAAGCACAGACCUGGAUGGUUCAGAUCUCUUCUUCUCAGCCAAGAAGCCAGAGACUGUUGUUCAAAACAAAUCUAAUACUCCACAUGCCAGUACAGCUGCAGAAGACACAAAACUAGAUGACUUUUACGAUGACUACUUUGACAUAGAUGACUUUAAUGACUCUGAUGUCCCUGAUUACUUUGACGAACCCCCAAACUCCAGCACCGUGACUACAACAGUGAAGGAAGGGGGAUCAAGUGUGUCUCCAUGGGAGAGGAAACCAACAACACCUGCGGCUGCACCCAAGCCUGCAAAGAUCUGCUCUCCUGAACCCAACUUCAGAAACCCAGCCCAUGAUCGCUUCAGAGGGUUCAACUUCCCCCACUCACAGGAGAUGAUGAAGAUUUUUCACAAGCGUUUUGGUCUUCAUCAAUUCCGAUUCAAUCAACUUGAAGCAAUUAAUGCUACGAUUCUGGCAGAAGAUACGUUUGUUCUGAUGCCAACAGGUGGGGGUAAAAGCCUGUGCUACCAGCUGCCUGCCUGCGUGUCCCCAGGAGUCACUAUUGUCAUCUCCCCACUCAAAUCUCUCAUCGUAGACCAGGUCCAGAAACUCACUACACUGGAUAUCCCAGCAACGAGCCUCUCUGGUAAUAAAAGCGACAGCGAAGCAGGGAGGAUUUAUAUGCAGCUCUCUAGGAAAGACCCUAUCAUUAAACUUCUCUAUGUCACUCCGGAAAAGGUGAGUGCAAGUAACAAGCUGAUCUCCGCCCUGCAGAACCUGUACGAGCGAGGCCUUUUGGUCCGCCUCGUCAUUGAUGAGGCCCAUUGUGUCAGUCAGUGGGGUCACGACUUCCGUCCAGACUACAAGAAGUUACACGAACUGCGUCAGAAGUUCCCCAACGUGCCGAUGAUGGCUCUGACUGCCACCGCCACCCCCCGCGUUCAGAAAGACAUCCUCAACCAGCUGAAUAUGACUCGGCCGCAAGUGUUCACCAUGAGUUUCAACAGAACAAACCUGAAGUAUUCUGUCCUGCCCAAGAAACCCAAAAAGGUUGACGAGGACGUCAUCGACUGGAUCAAGAAGCACUACCCACGUGACUCUGGCAUCGUCUACUGCCUGUCCCGUAAUGACUGUGAUGCCAUGGCUAAGAGUCUGCAGAGAGCCCGUAUAUUAGCUCUGUCGUAUCACGCAGGCCUGAGUGACGGGGACAGAGAAUACGUGCAGAACAAGUGGAUCAACCAGGACGGCUGCCAGGUCAUAUGUGCCACCAUAGCCUUCGGCAUGGGCAUUGACAAACCUGACGUGCGUUAUGUGAUCCACGCCAGUCUGCCUAAGUCAGUUGAGGGCUACUACCAGGAGUCGGGGAGAGCUGGCAGAGAUGGAGAGAUCUCUCACUGUAUUCUCUUCUACUCCUACGCAGACGUCGUCCGCAUCAAAAGGAUCAUCAGCAUGGACAAAGAAGGUGACCGUUACACCAGGGGGACUCAUUUCGACAACCUGCACAGCAUGGUGCACUUCUGUGAGAACAUGAUGGAGUGCAGACGAAUUCAGCUGCUCGCAUACUUUGGGGAGCUGAAGUUCAACAGAAGCUUCUGUAAGGAAAACGCGGACGUCAGCUGUGACAACUGUGCCAAACCCAACCAAUACAAGAUAAAAAAUGUCACUGAAGAUGUGAAGAAGAUUGUGAGGUUUGUUCAGGAAAACUGCGAGAAAGUUGGAUCAAGGUUUCGGACGCCUCAGCAAAACCGACUGACAUUGAAUAUGUUAGUGGAGAUCUUUGUAGGGUCUAAAUCUGCAAAGAUACAGACAGGAAUGUUUGGGACGGGAGGAGCUUACUCUAAGCAUAAUGCUGACCGUCUCUUCAAAAAAAUGGUUCUGGACAACAUCCUGGGGGAGGAUCUCUACAUCACCAACAACAACCAAGCUGUGUCGUAUAUCUCUGCUGGACCCAAAGCCAUGAACGUGCUGUCUGGAACCAUGCAGGUGGAGUUCUAUGAGACCGAGAGUGCGUCUAGCAUCAGGAAACAUAAAGCCGCUGUGGCCAAGAAUGUCUCCCAGAGAGAUGAGAAGGUUCAGGAGUGUCUGAAGGAAAUGACGGAUCUGUGCAAGCAGCUGGGGAAAGCGUUUGGCAUUCACUAUUUCAACAUCUUCUCUACUGCUACCUUGAAAAAGAUAGCUGAGAAGCUUUCUCCUGAUCCUGAAGUCCUCCUACAAAUUGACGGUGUGACGGAAGACAAACUGGAGAAGUAUGGAGCUGAAGUCAUUCAGCUCCUAGAGAAAUACUCUGAGUGGCAGCUUCCUGAGGAACAGACUGAUAACGGUGGAGACGGGUGGAUAGACACGGCACAAGGCCGCUCAUAUGGAGAUGACGAGGACGACACGGAGUCCUCCACGUACUUCCGUGGUCAGUCCGCACAGGGACAGAAGAGAAAGAAAGCUCCAUUCUUCAAAUAUUCCAAGAAGAGAAAAUCCACCUCUAAAGGUCGUGGCUACAGCAGCAAUAAAUCCUGGUCAUCGUCCAACUCCAGAGGUGGAUCAAGUGCUGCAGGCCGGGGGUCCAGGAGCUCGACGGGAGAUGCAUCAGCUGGCAGGAGACCGGGCUUCCUGACUCUCCCAACCCCGCAAACCAACCAGCGACCUUUCUUAAAGCCAGCCUUCUCACACAUGGGCUAGGACCGGCUUCUGAUCCGACUUAUCGGAAAGCAAAGUACUUUUUCACUACACUUUUAAAUAGUUGAUGUCGUUAAUGGUUGUAUUUACCAGUGAUGUCCCAGCUGUUUAUUUAAACUUCUAAAAUUGUAUAUUUAUGUUCUGUACAGUUAUUGUCAUUUUUGUAAAUUGUCAGUUUUUUUUUUAUAUAUAUUAAAGUCUUUUUU